AUGGUUUUCAAGGCAUCCGCAUUCAAACUCUUGCUAAGCUUCGUUCAUAUCUCACUCGCCAAGUCUCUUCUCGACCGCCAAGAUAAUGAUACAGCCCCCUCGAUUACGCUUGACAAGGGAACCUUUGUCGGCACGUCGGAGGGAGAUGUGUCAAUCUUUCGCGGUAUCCCUUACGCUCAACCACCUGUGGGAAAUCUUCGCUUCCGGCCCCCUUUGCUGAAUGAGCCAUACUCUGGUACUACAUACAACGCUACGUCCUCCGGCGUAGCAUGUAUCCAACAAGUGGUAAACAUCACGGAUACGAGUGAUCUGGCCCCCGCCGCUGCUGCAAUCCUCAAUAAUCCCUUGAGUGGACCUAUUGUGGCAAUGCCUGACGACGAGGACUGUUUGACGCUUGAUGUAUACACUCCUGCAAACACAAUCGAAGACUCAAAACUACCUGUGGUAUUCUGGGUUUAUGGCGGUGGCUUCCAGACUGGCUCCACAUCUGCUAACAACGGAACCGCUCUCGUCGCAACAUCUUUGCAACAGGACCAACCUUUGAUCUACGUCUCGGUAAACUACAGACUAUCGGCGCUCGGGUUUCCUGGAGGUGCCGAGGUGCGCGAGGCAGGCAUCGGUAAUCUUGGACUUCAAGACCAACGAAUGGGCCUGCGCUGGGUCCAGAAGUACAUAUCUGCGUUCGGAGGGGACCCCUCCAAAGUUACCAUUUGGGGUGAGAGUGCGGGAUCGACUUCCGUAUGUAUGCAGAUGCUUGCGUACAAUGGUAACAGCGAGGGUCUAUUCCGCGGCGCUUUCAUGCAAUCAGGAGGCCCUAUGACUCGAGGAUUAGGCACUGUAGAGCAGGGUCAAGGCUACUUCGACAAGUUUGCGGCGGACGCGGGCUGCGCCGACUUCUUGGGAUCUAUCGCGGUGUUUGAAUGUCUGCGCAACGUCUCCGUGGCCAACAUCCGAUCAGCCAUUGCAACCUCACAGAAUCUCUGGCAAUACCCGGGCCUAUCUCUGGCAUGGCAGCCUUGGGCGGACGGCACAUUCCUGACCGAGAAUGCCCCUCAGCUUGUUCUCGACGGAUUCGUUGCGGACGUGCCCUUCGUGAACGGCGAUGAUGAUGAUGAAGGUACAAUAUUCGGCCUAGUUAACAGCAACAUAACAAACGAGGGCGAGCUUCGGCAAUACCUCCAGGAGUACUACUUCCCGAAUGCGGAUGCUUCGACGCUGGACGGAGUUCUGGCGGCGUACUCGGACGACCCGGCGCUAGGUUCGCCGUUCGACACAGGCUCGAACAACACCAUCACGCCGGAGUUCAAGCGAAUCGCAGCGAUCAUCGGCGACUACCUCUUUCAAGGGCCGCGCCGACUCCUUCUGACGAAGCGGGCGGGAAGCGCCAACGCCUACUCCUUCUUGAACAAACGAGGCAAACAGACGCCCGUCCUCGGAACGUUCCAUGGUGCUGACCUCACCAUCUAUGCACCCGGAGAUCUCAUGGAUGCUCUGAUCAACUUCGUGAAUAGGCUGGAUCCGAAUGGCGCAUCGCUGAUUGAAUGGCCAGUCUACACUGCCGAUGCGCCAGCGCUGCUCACGCUGCUCGAUGGGAAUACCACGCAAUCCAUCACGAACGACACUUUCCGUAUGGACGGGAUACAGACGCUCUUGCAAGCCACCAUCGCUGGUACCACCGUGAAUAGUGCACCAGCGCAUGCCGCGAAACGCGGUGGAAAGGCUCGGGUGGAACUGUAA